AUGAUGUGUUGAGUACCUGUAUAUCUCUUAUUGCGACCUGCCUCUCUCCUGGCCUGACCUGAGCCUCGGUAGCUCCUACUCCUCAGAACUUGGGGACCGGACUGAAAAGAACAAAGUCAGAACAAGCAGUACACCAGUAGCAUAGUUUCCAAAGAUUACAUGUGAUGAGGAGGCUGUAUGUGGGAGUGAGGGCGGUGUGCGUCGUAUCUGUGAGUGACGUCCGUCUUGUGUCGUGACACCGGAAGUGGUAGUGUAGUCGUGAGACCAGGUGAGAGUGGCAGUGAAGGACAUUACAACGCCACCAACACGAAUUGCUGCUGUCAAUUGCAGCCACAGUUUCCUUUCACGGUUGCCUCCCACAACAGGAGCCGCCAGUUUCAGCCGCCAGUGUUGAAGAAUAAACUUGAAUUGAAUUGUUGGUUGUGGGCGGAGGAUGGGCGGGUGGUUCCGCUCCGCCUUCCGUGUGUAUACUUCGUGGGAGCGGCGGCGGCGAGUGGCCGCCCUGCCGCCCACCUUCCUACAGGCCGCCCUCUCCAGUGGGUGGCGGCCAUUACGGACUCGGCCACCCCUAUGUGGGCGACUUCUCAUUGGUAUAACACUGGUGGUGGUGGUGUUGCUGCCGUGGGCGGCGCGGACAGAGAAGCAGGGUGCCCACCUGGCGGGCGUGGGCAUGAUAAGUGCCCUCACAGCCUCUGUGGUGUGUCUUUGUGGCUGUUUGGCCAAGAUGGCCGACCAGCAUCAUGUCGGGAUCUCAGGAGAGGCAGCAGGAGGAAGCAGCAGCAGCAGCAGCAGCAGCAGACUCGACAGCAGAUGGUUGGUGUUCGCACGACGGGUGGUGCUGAGGAUAAAACGGCGCAUCCUGGGGUUCGAAACACUCUAUAUGAAGAUGAAAGUAACGUCCAUCUUGGUUAAUCAGCUUGUGUUCUUCAGUAUGUGUGACCGUGUCCUCAUGACGAACCAGCGAUUAUCGAGUUUGUACACUCUGCUGUUCUUCAACGUGGUGGCUUACUCUGUUUCCUACGUCAAGGAGCUGGUGGAACGGGAGGACUGGUCUUUGUACGUGAACAUUGCAAGGACGUCCACUGUACGUCAUCUAGCCCUCUCUGCCACCAAGAUCGUACUCGAGUGGACUAAGGCCAUCACUUUCAUCAUCACCGUCGUCUUCAUGCUCCUCGUCUUUGGCUUGGAAAAGGGCCUCAAGAACUACUCUCCGACCACAGGUUACCUCCUUGUCACCGGCAUCUACUUUAUUUCCACCGAGAAAGUCUUCACUGACAUGUUCGCAACUUGGCUGGACAAUAGAAAGUUUGAAUACUUUGAAAGCAUGGAGAGUUUCUACUGUCCGGCAAUUCUCAUAUCCUUUCAUAUCUUUUUAUCAUCAAUAAUUACUGUUAUUUGCGUCUUUACCGGCAAUUUACGACUCAUCUUCCUCUCUAGCUUCACAAACAUCCGCAUUAAGUAUCGGGAGCUAAGGGAGGGGUAUUUAGAGCCUUUGAAGAAGGAACUAUCAACACUGGCAGGGUAUCGCGUUGCCAGUCGCUGCGAGGUGAGGGACCAUGAUGAUGUAUGCGCCAUCUGUCUCACACACAUGUCAUGCGCUCGCAUAACACAGUGCCAACACUUCUUCCAUGCUGAUUGUUUACGUCGGUGUCUCAAGGAAUCUCACAAGUGCCCUAUAUGUCAGUAUAAUAUCUCAUUUUCUUAGUUACAGUUAACCCAACAAGCAGUAUCCUUGUCUGUGAUAGUUAAAUUGAAGUGUUUCAGAUAUGAUAGCAUUGGUUUGAUUUGAUAACUAAGUUAUGCGUUUCCUAUAGUCGGAAAAAAAUUCCUGAUAAUACUAUAUAUGUAUUAUUACAGCUAAAGAAUUUUUAUUUUUUUUAGUAUUUGUGCACAAAAAUGUCUCUAAAUUCUUUGAUAAUUUUAGUCAUGUCCAUAAUAAUGCAAGAUGUGAGAACAGUUCUGACGGCGUUUUAAAAAAAUGAUUAAAUAUGAUAAGUACUUGAGUCAAGCUCAUACUUUUUGUCAAGUAUUGUUUAAAUGUUAACAAGAUGGAAUCUAUACAUAAUAGAGUCUGACUUCAACACACAUGAUUUUGUUAUAUGUAUGCCUGGCUUCGUACAGACAGAUUAUGCUCAUGCCUUUACAAAUUUUAUAGCCAUUAGAGAUUAUAUAUUCACACACAUUAAGAGGAUAAAUUUGGACGUAAAUAUACGCUUAAGUGCAAGGUAUAAAAUAUAUAACAAACAAGUCUACCUAGGCUAGCUGUGCAAACCCUACUUUGUAUGGUUACGUUAUUAUUAUUAUGGGAAAGAGUUAACAUGUCUGGGAAAUGAGAGGAAAUCAGAUUUGAUCCAAGGAAAGGAAAAUUAACUCGCAUGAAGGCACCCAAACUUUGAAAGUACCAUCGUUUUGUGUGAGGGAUGGUGCUUUCAGCCUGCACAAGCGGAUGUAUAUUUGGUGAGAAGGAAUGCUAGGUGUUUUCUAAACAAACCUUGUGUAGAGCUCAAAGUUUCUUUGCAGUAUGGACAAUAGUGUCUUCUCUGGUAUAGGGAAGUGCUGCUGUUAUCAUCUUCGGUAUAGAUUAUGAAUCUCACUCUCAUUCUGAGUUUUUUUUCGCCAUGUUUUCCUUUAACAAAUGGAGUUUGAAUUGCUUUUCUUUAAGGGUUAUCGUAGGUUUGAAUGAGGGUUAUGAUUCCAGUAAGGGAAACAGUUUUAGUGGCUGUCUCUAGAACACUGUUCAAUUCUUUUCGCAUGCUAAGUGCUUUAGUUGACCGAGUUGUUCGAAUGUGAUCCUUGUGGCCUUGCUAUGCUUUUCUUCAAGCCCUCCAAACCAAGUAGCAUUCGUGGUUACAAUUAUAACCAAAAUUUUAAAAGGGGUGGACUAGUAAACCAGCGGAAGACCUCGGUUAGAUGACCAAAAGCUCCAGCUACGGGUCAUCAUAUGACUAAGAUCCGCGUCAGGAAACACUUUUCCUGUUUCUUGACCACCCUUACCUAACCUCCAAACCUUGUAGCUUGUUUCUGUUUUAAAAUAUUAUUUAUCAUUACUGAAGACACACUUAAAUAUUUUUCUUAUAGUCCCUUAGGAAUAUGAAUAAACGAAUGUAUAUCAGUAGCGAACUUACCACAAAUGUACAUAAGUAGAAAAUUUAUCACAGAUGUAUACGGAAAGACCUUGCCACAAAUAUAUAUCGGUAGAGAGCCCACUAGAAAUGUAUAUCAGGAGGGAACUUAACAGCCAUAUUUAUAUAGAUAUGCACCCGCUUUCUAUAUACAGAAUUGUACCGACAGUUUAUAUAGGCCUGUAUAACCGGUAUUCAUACAGAAAUCCACAACAAAUACUACCAGCAUGUAGAUCUUUCUACGGCUGAGAUUUGUAUAUAAAUGUGUAGAUAUUUGUGGUUACCCAGGAAGCUAUCUUGACACUUAUCCCGACGCUUGUCAGUAACCGAUUCUCAAUAAUUAAAAUGUUAUAUGUACAUAAAACCUGCCCUUUGAAA